CACUUCAUCAUGGUCACUAGCAAGCUUGUUUAAGUUUAAGCAGAGCAGAAUGAAUGCGAAGGCCCCUUUUAGGAAGUGGGGAGUGAGGAGGUGGGGACAAACAAACAAACGAACGAACGAACGAAUGAAUUCCAUAGCCUUUCCCACUUGCCCUCCAUCAUUCCCUCUUUCUUUCCACCCACCAAAUUCCUUUCCCGGAAAAUGAGCAGCGGAAGACGAUCUGCAAGAAGACCACCAACCACCACCAACCACUGCCCAGAAAUUCCUAGCCGAUCCACCGCCCAAGAUGGAACCACCUAUUAACACUCCUGCCAAUUCAUGACUCCCGAUUUCCCCGACACCUUCCUCCUCGUCCUAGCAAACAUCCUCCUUUUCUUCGCCCAUGCUUCCAGCUCCAAGUCCGACCUUCGGGUUGGAUACCGGGUGACGCUGGCCGUCCCUACUACGUACAGUCCCGGCUUCACCGGGAGGGCUUAUUUGCUAGAGAGCGACAAGACGGAGCCGAGCUUCAGAGCUGCAUUGAGCGUGGAAGCUUUCGAGCCAGCGAGAAAGUACUCGUGUUCGGUCGAGGUGUUUGCUGGAGACGUCAAGGUCUGGAACUCGGGACAUUAUUCUAGAUUCCAUGUGUCCGACGUAUGCGUCCUUGAGCUGACUGCAGACGGAGAUCUUCAGUUGAAGGGCCCGAACGACAAGAUUGGGUGGCGAACCGGAACUUCCCGGCAGAGUGUUGAGAUACUGAGGACUGGCAACUUAGUCCUGGCGGACGCUCUGAACAACAUUAAAUGGCAGAGCUUCAAUUUCCCAACAGACGUAAUGCUGUGGGGUCAACGGCUCGACGUGGCGACCUGGUUGACUUCUUUCCCCAGAAAUUCAACCUUCUUCUACUCCUUCGAAAUUCAGCACGACAAGAUCGCCCUCUACCUCAAUUCCGGUCAGUUCAAGUACUCUUACUGGGAUUUCGCGCCCUCGAAGAACCGGAACAUAACGUUCCUUCAGUUAGGCACGAGGGGGCUCGAGUUGUUUGACUACCCGCACAAGAAGAUUGCCCAGAUACUGCCGUCCCGGAAACCCAAAACAGAAGCCCCAAGAUUCCUGGCGCUAAACAAUGAGAGUGGAAACAUGGGCCUGUACUAUUAUUCCCCUGAAGACAGGAGAUUCUCGGCGGACUUUCAGGCCCUGAACAAGACUUGCGAUCUCCCCACGGCAUGCAGGCCAUACGGGAUCUGUACGUUCUCGAACGCUUGUUCCUGCAUCCGACUUGGCUCUGGGAGCCAUAAUGGGCCAGGCUCGGGGUGCGAGAACGGGCUUUCAGUUGAUCCGUGCAGCGGCGGAGGCCCGUUCGAGAUGCUUGAAUUGGACGGGGUCAGUGAUGUGCUGCAGGGCGGUCCAAAGAGGGCCAAUAUAAGCAAAGAUGAGUGCACAAGAUCCUGCCUAGAAAACUGCACUUGUCUAGCAGCGUUAUAUGAUUCUAGGAACAUGGGGACGUCUGAGUGCUAUUUUUACGGAAUUAUGGUGGGGAUUAAGCAGGUGGAUCGCGGCCGAGGAUUGGCAUACAUGGUUAAGGUUCCGAAGGGGACGCGGUCAGGUCAUGGGAAGUCAAACCCAAAGAAGUGGGUGCUGGUCUUGGUCGGAGUAGUUGAUGGGAUCAUUAUCCUAGCGGUUCUUGGAGGAUUGUUUUAUUACUUGAUUUGGAAGAGAAGGAAGAGGAGCUCUGAUAUGGGUACCCCUCCUACUGACAACAGAUAGAAUGCAGACACAGUCAUGAAAUGUUUUCUCAUGGCCUUUUUUUUUAAUUUCAGGAUAGGAUCAUUUUUUUUUUUUGGGUUCACAGAAAGUGCCAUUUUACCUGGACAAAUAUCAAUUUUUUUAAUCCUUAAACGUC